AUGGUGAACAAAGCAUUAUCUUUUGGCGGAGGUGGAACGCUCUACGGCACAACAGUCAACAACAACCCGGAGUCCGUACCGCUCGUUGUCAAGCCGUCGCAAUUGCCGUCGCAGUUGCCGUCGCCGCGCCGACUAGGGCAGUGGUACACUAACAUGUGCAUGAUCAACUUCCUGGAGUUUGCGACCGAGUCCGCGCGCGGUAUCGUACUCCCAACUCUUUUCUUGUACACGUCGUCGCUGGGCGGUGAUCUGGCUUUUAUGGGGUUUAUUAACGCGCUCUUCUCGCUCGGCCGACUCUUCUCGUCUACCGCGUUUGGCUGGAUGUGCGACCGCUAUUCGUUUCGCUCCGUCUACCUCAUAUCGACUUCCAUUUGUCUUGUAGGCAACGUUAUCUACCUACUUGCUGACAAGCACAUGGCCAGCAGCUUGACGGCGCUAGCUGUGAGUCGUUUUAUCGUGGGAUUUGGUGGAGGCAACCGCAGCGUAUGUCGCGCAGAUGUCGCGUCCAUCACGACGAUCAACCAACGCCUGCCAUACAUGACGAUCCUCGUCUGUGUCGUGUUCUUGGGCUACGCACUGACGCCCGGGCUCGGUAGUCUCGUGGCCAACACUGACUUGGUCUUCUGCGGCUUACUGUUGAACAAGUUCACAUCCCCCGGCAUGAUUCUAGUCUUAUUGAACAUACUCACGAUCAUCGGCAUCUUGACGGUGUACGAUGACAGCGUCACAGUGGAGGAUGGACCGAAAGAGAAAGAGUCCGAGGAUGGUUUGAUUAGCAACACGCUCAAUAACGAAACACUGAUGCCGGACCGGAUCGUGAACAUCGGUGUAUGCGUGUUCAUUUUCCUGAACUUUAACACGCGCGGUAUUUUGUCAGUGUUCGAGACUAUUAACGUGCCAUUGUUCAUUAAGGCGACGGGUAGUGACCCGGACAGCGUGAGUGCCGUAAUCGACGCGUCGAAUUUUCAGUUCUAUCUUGGUUUACUGGGCCUAUUGUCGUACUUUGCCAUCGAGUAUUUCCGCCGCAGCAUCCGGGACGAAAAUUGGGUGCAUCUGGGCUUUGCCACGGUGCUAGCUGGUAACAUAUUGCUAGUCCUGGUACCCAAUGGCUUGUCAUUCACACAGCUGUCGUUUGCCGAGUUCUUGGUGUGGAGUGUCGGUUGCCCCAUUUCGACUACGGUAGUGCUUGCAGCAUUCUCAAAACUAUUGGGUGGACGUCCGCAAGGAACGUUUAUGGGUCUACUUGGUUCAACAGCAUGUAUCUCACGCUGUGUACUGCCACUUCUUCCUGCCGUGAUGCCGACUCUGAUUCCGGUCUUUUGGAUCAACAUUGUGCUUUGCACCAGCAGUAUCGUAUUGCUAGGGUGGUACACAGGGUUAGUACAUCGAACAAAGUUAGUGAUGCUGGCAGAUGUUGAAAACGCUUACCGAGUGGUAUCUCCUUCUAAUGAUCCGCGAUCUCCACUGGGUUCUGACAAGGUGGACUUUCCAGAUAAGAAUUAA